AUGGCUUUAUUGGGCAACAACGGCAAAACGCCGAGCCAUGCCACCGGGCGCCAUUUUACCCCACUCUUUCUGACCCUGGCGACGCUUUUGCUUGCCGCUUGGUACCAUCCGACCGCCUACGCCGACUUGGCACCGUGUGAUCCAUCUGGCGCUAUCACCUUUGAGUAUCUGGCCACCCCAGCUUUGCUCUCGCUUGAACCGCGCCAGGGUCAAACCGGCUCAAUCGUGACCAUCCACGGCACGAACCUCCUGGGUGGCGGGCUCAAUGCCACGCGUGUGGAUUUUGACAACAAGCCGGCUGAACGCAUCGUCUUUAGCAACGAAACCACCGUCGUUGCCAUCGUGCCUCGUCGCGCAACCGCUGGAAACGUCACCGUGCUUGUUGAAGCUGACACCGGCGCCCUCCUCGAGGAGGAUUUUGCUUUCGAGUACACAGAGCCCGGCGCCAUCACCAGUCUGGCUCCCACCAGUGGCCAGGGCGGCACCUACGUCACCCUGGUUGGCUCGAGAUUGCUGGGGGGUGGCACCUUUUUGAUGUCGGCCUCCAUCAAUCAGCUCGCGGCUGAGAUUCUAGAACACAACGACACACACGUGUUGCUGCGUGCGGCGCCUGGACCAGCCGGCUUUGGCCCCAUCGUCUUGACGGCGGAUCAUCAUGUCCGAGUGGCCAGUACAGUCGACUGGACAUAUGCCGAGCCUGGCUUUAUCGCUGCAGCCGCCCCCAGCUCAGGUGUGGAAGGCACCAGUCUUUACAUUUUUGGCGACAAUCUGCGUGGCGCUGGUACCAGCGUGCAAUCCGUUACCUUGGCCAACCGCUCGGCCACUAUUCUCGAACAAACCAACAAGUUUGUUCGUGUGACCGCCCCCGCCGGCCCCGCGACGGGCAAUGUGAUUGGUGAUAUCGUCAUCGAGGCGGAUACGGGGGCUCAAGUCAUUGCCACCGACGCGUGGACCUUUGUGACCCCCGGAAACAUCACCCGGCUAGAGCCCAGCAAGGGCAUUACCAACACGCGCGUCACUAUUUUUGGAACCGACUUGCUCAGUGGGGGCCGCCAAGUCAUUCAAGUGCGCAUGGCGGGUGUCGCCGCCAACAUCUUGCAGUACAACAACUCGCAGAUUGUAGUCGAAGCGGGUGCAGCUGAGCUGCCAGGUCUUACGGGUGAUGUGGUUCUCUACAUCGACUCGGGCCCGGAGGUUGUCUUGGAGAACGGGUGGACAUACCAGAUUAUCCCCGGUGAUAUUUUUACCGUAGAGCCUCCCGUGGGCGUGGGUGGGGCCCUCGUGACCAUUUCCGGUGUCAGCCUCCUGGCUGGUGUUGCUCCGCCCGCCAUCACCAACGUCACCCUGGCUGGCUUUCCCGUCCGAGCAGUCCUGGAGGAGAGUUCCAGCCAGGUCGUCGUGGUUGCCGGCGAUGCCACGGGGCCAACUUCGGGCAACAUUAUCAUUGAGAUCAGCAAUGGUGCCACUGUCCGCCGCCUCAACGGAUUUCGCUACGUUGAGGCCCCUGUCAUUACGGGCGUCACCCCCAGCUCGGGCCAGCUGGGUACUUUUGUUGAUAUUACUGGCGUCUCGCUCUUGAUGGGAACUUCGCAGGUGACCCAGGUCAGCCUGGCCACCGUACCAGUGCGUAACAUCAUCAGCUACAACGACACUCUUGUGAGGGUUGAGGCGGCUGGGGACCCAACCCUAGGCUCGGGUCCAGUUCAUUUGGUCACCCGCUACAACGCCACCGUCACCAACGUUGCCCUGAACUUUACCUAUACCACACCCAGUCGUAUCGAUGCUGUUGAACCAGCCGUUGUUCACGGCGGGAGCUACGUGACCAUCACUGGAUCCCGCUUGACUGGCAGCGUCAGCAGCGUAGCCAGCGUUCGCAUUGGCUCUCUCGACGCAACCAUCAUCGAGCAGAACGACACCCGUGUUGUGGUCCGUGCCGCCCCCAGUGCGAGCGCUUCGUCUAGUCCAGAGUCUGUCACGCUUCGUGCCGCCGAUGGCGCGUUGGCCCUGCUGGCCAAUGCCACGGCCUAUGCCCCCCCAGCUGUCAUCGCCAGCGUCACACCAACCAGUGCACAAACAGGCACAACCGUUACAGUGCUCGGUACUGGCCUGCUGGGCGCCGGUGCCAAUGUUUCCUGGGUCCAACUGCAAGGCAUACCUGUGUCCGUGCAAUACCCCGUCUCGGCCACGCGCAUUUCGUUUGUCGUGGAUGAGGCCAGCCGCACCCUGGGCACAACUGACCUUUCUCUUCAAGCUGACGAUGGGUCAAGCAUUGGUGCCACCGCAGCGCUGACACUAGUAGAGGAUGGCCUCAUUGCCGGCGUGACCCCUGCGCAAGGCGCCCAGGGAACGCUUGUUACCAUUGUUGGCCAACGGCUGCGCGGCUCUUCUUCGCAUGUAGCGCAUGCGUUUCUCGAUGGCGUCGAGGCGACAUUGGUUGCGGAAAAUGACACGGCAGUUGUGAUUCGCGCGGCGCCCGCUCCGGAGUCGGUGUCUCCUGCAGCCGUUACCCUUGUAGCCGACUCUGGCGCCGUGGUGUCUGCCGAUGCAUCGUGGACCUAUCUGCUCGAACCACAGGUUUCAGCCGUACAGCCUCCUGUCGGCUCCCGUGGCAGUGUUGUCACAAUUGUUGGCCAAGGCAUGCUUGCUGGCACGACGGGUACUGCUGAUGUCGUCUUUGGAGGGGUGUCCGUGGCAAACGUGCUCUCCGCCAACGACACGGUGGUGGUGGUUGAACUCAACACGAGUCACCCUGUGGGCUCAAACAAUCUUACCAUUUCCACCCCCAGUGGGUCAUACGUGUACGGCAUUGAACUCUUUGAGUUUCUGGCACCGGGUGCCAUCACCGCCGUCUACCCCGCUAUCGGUGUGGGAUCAACGCGCGUGACCAUUGAGGGCGUCUCGUUGCUUGGCGGCGCGCUCACACUCGAACGCGUUCUCCUUGCCGGCGUCGAGGCCUCUGUGCUCAACGCCACGGGAGAACGCGUUGUGGUCGCGGCGGGGCCGAGUUCCCAAGAGGUCAACGGCUCGGUCAUUGUGGUGGCUACCGACGGUGCUUACACCGAGCUCACAUACUCCAAUGUCACCGUGUCAAUGGCGCCUGCCUUCCGAUAUCUGACUCCGCCCGCAGUCACUGCUGUCCAUCCCGGAGAGGGAACUCGGGGCAGUUACAUUACUCUGCAGGGAGUUAACCUGCUGGGUGGGGGCAAUAGCAUUCUCAGCUUUCGCCUGGGUGGCAUCGAGGUGCAAGAGGUGACAGCGUUCAACAACACGCAAAUUGUAGUGCGCGUGGGGCUGAGUCCCACUGCACUUGAGCAGGUAAACUUAACCAUCAUCGCUGACACCUAUGCCCGCGUCAUCCACGAAGCGGCUUUCAAUUAUACGGCACCCGUCACCAUCACUGCGGUGACGCCAGACCGCGGUCAGGCCGGCACCCUGGUGACACUACAAGGCAUCAACCUGCAAGGUCCCAACGCAGGCCAGAUCACCGCAGUGUCGUUGGAUGGUCAGCCAAGCGAGGCCAUUCUGCAGCAAAACGCCACUUGGGUCGUCGUGCGUGCCGGCGCCAAUACAUCAGCCUUUGCCAGCGGAGCGGUUCAACUUGACACCACAUCAGGCGCCUACACGGGUCUUGCCGAUGUGUUUCAUUAUCAACCCGCCGGUAUCAUUGACAACAUCAGUCCGGCUUUUGGCCAAGCCGGAACUCGCGUAACAAUCACUGGCGAGCGGCUGUUUGGUGCCGCCAGUGGUGUGGCCCAAGUGGAUUUGGCCGGUACAGCGGCCACCAUUCAGUCCGCUUCCAACACUGAAAUUGUGGUGGAGGCUGGUGAUAAUGUUGCAGGUCUCGGUGACGUUACCAUUACGGCCCUCUCCGGCGCGAAGGUCACUAAACCCGACGGCUUUGAGUACAUGGAGCGAGGAGUUGUGACGGAUGUUUAUCCGACGUCAGGUCAGCUUGGAACACGAGUGACUAUCAAUGGCACUGGCUUGUUCGGAAGUGCCGACAAUGUGAGCCAUGUUCGGUUUGGCGACGCUCUCCUGGUUAUUACGUCACGCGCUGAUGAUCAAAUCGAGGGUACCCUACCCGACGCUCCUGCUGGAGUGGUCGAUGUGACCGUGUUUGCUACCAGCGGCGCUUUUGCUCAGCUUGUCAACGCCUUUGAGAUUCUGGAGCGCGGGAGUGUCACGUCACUCUCGCCCGCCCAGGGCGUUGAGGGUGCGCGCAUCAUCGUGAUUGGUACAAAUUUACUUGGUGGUGGAACCAGAGUGGUCUCGUUGGAGUUUGGCGGGGUAGCGGCAACGGUCCUGUACGCCAACGAGACAGCGAUCGAAGCGGCGCUUGGGCUUGGUCCAGAUGCGGAUACGCUGGGUGAUGUCGUCAUCGUGGCCAAUACUGGGGCUCUGAUUUCGGGUCUCAAUCUCUUCACCUACCGCGAGCACCCCAUUGUGACUGUGCUGCCGGAUAGUGGCCGUGAAGGCACGCUAGUCUCCGUGUCCGUGCAAGGCUUAUGCCGCGGCGCACCCAACGCUGUCAUUACCAACGUGACUCUUGUUGGUAUCCCCGCUGUGUUUCAGGGCGCACCAGCGGGGUGCGGCCAAGUGCGUGUUGCUGCCGGGAACCUGGACAGCAAUGUUACGGGCGACAUUGUUGUGACGGCGUCCAACGGAGCUCGUGCCGUGCUCCCCAACGGUUUCACUUACGUUGUGGACGGCGCCAUUAUCAGCGUGAUCCCAGCCGCUGGUACUGCGGGCGAUCGCGUUACGCUUCGUGGCGUCUCGCUGCUGGCUGGUGGCUCGACCUAUUCCCAAGUUUUCCUCGGCGGUGUGGCUGCAACCCUACAAAACUUUUCCGCCGAUGGCACGUGGCUCGUGGUCACCGCGGGCAACGGCGUUGGUACAGGCACAGGCGACGUCGAAACGGUGUCGGACAGUGGUGUGCGAACGGUUCUCUUGGAUGGCUUUACGUACACGGCCAUCACUGCAGCUAGCCCAGCUUUUGGUCAGCGUGGCACUGUGAUCACUUUGAUAGGUCAAGCUCUCUUAGCCGGCGGGUCAGACGUGGUGGAUGUGGAAAUCGCCGGCGUUGAUGUGGCGGAGAUUCGCGAAGCCAAUGCUUCGCGCCUGGUCGUUGUGGCAGCAGAACUGACCAACUCAAACGAUCUGGUCAGCGAUGUGGUGGUGACCUUGGAUAAUGGCCAAAGCUACACGGCAUCAGACAUUUUUACCUAUCGACCCACCGGUGUCGUGCUUGACGUCAGUCCCACAACAGUGGCCGCUGGCGCCUUUGUCAAUUUGGAAGGCACGCAGCUUUUAGGCUAUGGUGCAUCGCUGGUCAGCGCGACUGUGGCUGGUGUGUCGGCGACCAUCGUGCAGCAGAAUACCACCCACGUUCAGCUGCGCCUGCCCGCUGGCUCUGCCAGUGCCUCUGGCGUUGUGCGCCUUGAAGCAGACACAGGUGCGAUAGUAGUCUCGAGUGCUUCGGUGACCCUCACGGCCCUGCCGACAGUUACUGGAUGCUCACCGAGUACCGGCCAGUUUCGGACGCGAGUUACAAUUUCCGGCACGCAGUUGCUCAUGGCCUCGAGUAUCGUGGACGUCCAACUUGCCGGCGUUUCCGUUGAGCAAAUUGUCUCCGCUUCCAACACGGAGGUGGUUGUGGUGGCCGCCGAUGGAAAUGCUGAUCCGGCCAGCGCCGCGCUUGAGCUUUUUGCGGCAUCGGGUGCAUCCGUUGCGGGCGGCGCCCACGAGUUCAGCUAUGUGGAGCGCGGUGCAUACACUCAUCUUGAACCUGCGCAAGGUCAAGUUGGAACGCAGGUCGUCAUCACCGGCGCCAACCUCUUUGGCAACAGUACCACCCUUGAUCGUGUAGUUUUUGGCAGUCUCGAUGCUACAAUUUUGGCUGCAAAUGCGACUUUCGUGCGCGUCGAACUGCCCGCCAACGUGUCAGCGGGCGCCGUACCCAUUACGCUACACGGUAACACGGGCGCCGAGGUAACAGGAACCCCAACCUUUGAAUUGCUAACUGCUGGCAAGGUGACCGCCGUUCAGCCAAGCACGAUCCACGCGGGUACUUUUGUGACACUGACCGGUACCGACCUGUUCGGUGGUGGAUCUUUGGUGGCGAGUGCCCGCUUGGGUGGAGCCUUGGUGGCCAGCAUCAACUUUGCCAAUGAUACCACCCUGGUGGUGGAAGCAUCCACGGGAGCAGAAGAUGCACAGGGCGUGCAGCUUGUUGCCGACACGGGUGCUGUGGUCGAAGCCCAACCAGCGUCGCUGCUGACUUACGUCUCGCCCGCGGCCAUCACUGCCGUCUCCCCACUUGUGGGCGUCCUCGGCACCCGUGUGACUGUGGCGGGCACAUCUUUAGGAAUGGGCAGCAGCAUCUCGCAAGCGAAUCUUUUGGCGUCAUCAGAUGGGUCCCGUGCGAGCUCCAUCGUUUCCACGAUUCUACACAGUCAGAACGAGACACAUCUCGUCUUUGCACUCAACUCAACGGUGGCAGCACAAGCUGGCUUGGACCUCGUGUUGACAACGGCCGAGGGCGCGUUUGUUCGGUCCGCGAUUGGCUUCAGCGUUCUGCCUGCCCCUGUCAUAACGAACGUGUCCCCGGCAGCGGGUACUCGCCACACCCAUGUCACCAUUCGAGGCACCAACCUGCUUGGCGGUGGCACCAGUGCCACCAGUGUGCAGCUUGCUGGGGUUGAGGUCUUGGCCGUGCUGGGUGCCAACGCCACACAGGUCGUUGUCGAGGCCAACGAGGCCCCAGACGGUCUCAGCGCCGUCGUUAUCCAUGCAAACACAGGAGCUGUAGCCUCAGCCCCCGAUGCUUGGGACCAGCUUGCAGCCAGUGCCAUCGAUUCGGUGGAGCCGGCUGUAGGUCGUCCCGGAACACGUAUUACCAUUUCCGGACGAGGCUUGGCGCUUGGAUCGAGUGUCGACCGCGUCACUGUGGGCGGCGUAGCCGCACGCAGCAUCGCACAUGCAAACAGUACGCAAGUGAUUGUUACCAUUGAUGACGCCACUCCUGUCGGUGUGCAGGCGGUUGAGGUCGUGGCUGAUUCCGGUGCCAAAGUAAGCUUAGCUGGCGCCUUCGAAGUGCUGGUUGUGCCCGUUCUGAUCAGCGUGUCGCCUGCCGUGGGUGUGGCUGGCACUCUUGUGACCAUCCGCGGUGAAGGGCUCUUGGGCGGCGGAUCUGUUGCUGCGACCAUAAGUCUCGAGGGACUGGCUGUGGCAAGCAUCUUGAGUAGCAACGCAAGUUAUCUCGUGGUUGAAGCCGGUGAAGGUGUGGCGGACAGCACUGGUACCAUAACCAUCGUGGCUGACACCGGGGCUGAGUUCUCAGAAUCUGGGGCUUUUACUUUUGUGGCCAAUGGCGCAGUGACCGGUGUAGACCCGGUGUUUGGCCAACGCGACACGCGCGUCACCAUCAGCGGAACAGGUCUUUUGGCGGAUGGGAUAACGCUAGACAGCGUGACCUUGGACGGUGUGCCGGUUCAAGCCAUCAUCUCCGUGACCAGCACGCAAGUGGUAGUGCAAGCAGGUUCUUCGGCUACGAGCAGCUCGCCUGGCGAUGUCGUAUUGCGUGCUAAUACGGGAGGCCGCAUUGUCGCUCUCGCCAGCUUUGAGUACCGUCCAGCCGCAACUAUUGACGCUCUUUUGCCUGACUCUGGCGCUGAGGGCACGUCGUUUGUUCUGGUCGGAACGAACUUGUUUGCUCACGGCACAAGCAUUACCCAGCUAAGUCUGGGUGGUCGUCCCGCCGCGAUCGUACGGCAAUCCAACUAUUUUGUCGAGGCUGUGGCUCCGCUGGGCCCUCCUGCUGGCGAGGUUGUGGAUGUAAUGCUCGUGGCCGACACGGGAGCCACGGCCGUGCGCACCAACGGGUGGACGUUCGUGCCCGUGCCCAAUGUCACGUCUAUCGUGCCGGCGCGCGGUGUUGGUGGCACUCUGAUCACCAUUGCUGGCGAACACCUCUUGGCCGGUGGCUCUGAUAUUGCCGAAGCUUUUUUGGGAGAGACACAGGCUGUGGUGCUUUCCGCGAGCAAUACUUCAGUGCAGCUGCGAGCACAGCCCUCCUUGCAGGUAGGAUUGGUCAACGUGACCCUACACGCAGACAAUGAGGCUCGCAUCAUCAUUGCCGACGGCUUUGAGUACAUUGAAGCGGGCCAAAUCACAGAGGUGGUGCCCAUUCGGGGCCAAGGGCUCACGCGCGUGACCAUCACCGGUGACAACCUCUUGGGUGGUGGAAACAGCAUGACUGCCGUCACGCUGGCCGGUGUGCCUGUUCGUGAGAUCAUCAACGCUUCAGACAACGUUGUCGUGGUGGUGGCCAACUACAGCGCUGUUGCGCUGCUGGGCAGUGUUGCCUUGACUGCCAACAACGGAGCGCAGGUGGUGCGCCUGCGUGGCUUCACCUACGUGGCACCCACCGUCUUGACUGCCUCCGUGCCUGCUGUCGGUCAGUGGGGCACGCGUGUGACCCUCACGGGAAUUGAGCUCCUCGCCGGUGCCGAAGCAAUAGAGUCCCUGCGUGUCGGCCCACUCGAAGCCACGAUUUUAACAAGCUCGCAGAGCAAAGUCGUGUUUGUGACCCCGCAAAUUAAUGCCUCCAUUACGGUCGGCGUACCGCUCGACGUGGUCUUGUCUUUGGCUGGCGGUGCAGUCAACACGUUUGCGGAUCGUUAUACAUACCGCGACGCGGCUGUCAUCGUCUCCGUAGUGCCCGCUCAGGGUUUGAGUGGAGCGCUCAUCACCCUCAACGGCGCGCGUCUCUUGGGUGGUGGGAGCUCGAUUGCCCAGGUCACUCUAAACGAGGUGCAGGCCACUGUCAUUUCAGCAAAUAACGAUUCAAUCGUCGUGCAAGCCGCCGCACCCGCCGCCUUUGGCACCGAGCAUGUUGAGCUUGUGGCAGAUACGGGGGCCCGUGCUGUGCUCGAGGACGCGUUCACCUAUGUGCUUGAACCUGUGCUGACGGCUCUCACACCCUCUAGCGGACAAGCUGGCACACUGGUGACAAUCAAUGGUACGGGCUUGCUUGGCGGCAGCACCGCUUUGGCUUCAGUCCGUUUUGACGACAUUGAUGUCGCUAUUGUUGUGGCAAGUGACACGCAAGUGGUGGUUCGUCUGCCACACACUGCCCCCGAGCCAUCCUCAGGGUAUGCUGUGGCGGCCCCGGUGACUCUGGUGACCCUCGAUAAUGGCACCUUUGCUGAAGCUGCUCGCUUCACCUGGCUGGAAUCUGGCCGUGUGGACAACAUUGAUCCUGCUGUCGCUCAACAAGGCACACGCAUCACCAUCACGGGCCAGCGGCUCCUGGCGGGCGCGCCCGCACUGUCCGCUGUUCGCCUGGGCGGCGACGCUUGUGAAAUCCUUACAGCCUCGGAUACCAUCGUUGGUUGCACCAGCCCCACACUCAGCACCCCAGGUGCCUUGAAUGUGACCCUUGAAGGAACGUCAGGAGCGACGAUCACUGUCGAGGGCCUCUUGACCGGAGUGGCCGAUGGCAUUGUCACCGUCAUCACACCAGGCACGGCGCAGGCCGGGACGCGGGUGACCGUUUUUGGUGAGCGUCUCUUGGGCUCGAGUGGAGGUGGUUUGAGCGCCUUGCAGUUGGCAUCAAGCAAUAUUACGUCUUUCUUGACUUCAAAUGCCAGUAUGGUGGCUUUUGCGCUGCCCGCCGAGGUACCGGCCGGGGCGCACAAUUUUACGUUGGUGGCUGCUAGCGGUGCUCGCGUGGUCUCGACCAUACCCGUUGAAGUCGUCAGCGCGGGUUCUAUAACCAGUAUUGCACCCGCCUCGGGGACAGCGGGUACUCAGGUGACCAUUCGCGGCACAGCGUUGCUGGGCGGGGCGGCGACUCUACAAGUGGUUCACCUAGCCGGCAUUGCCGCCACGCAGAUUGUCUCGGCCAACAGCUCAAUGGUGGUGGUGGUCGCCGGUGCCGGCACGCCGGUGCCUGCCAAUCGCAGUGACGUGCGUCUGCUGGCGACUUCGGGUGCUCUGGUCACCAAGGAUGGGGACGCUUUCCAGUACGUUGCGACGCCACAAAUCACGGCCCUGGUACCAGCCCACGGCCAAUUUGGCGUACGCGUAACCAUUCAGGGCAUCCAACUUCUUGCUGGAUCGUCCCUGGUCGCAGUGCGGGUGGCGGAUGUUCUGGCUGAGAUCGUUGGGACACCCUCGGACACUGCCAUCGUUGUUGCUCUAGGGGGCAGCGAAGUGGCCGAUGUUGGUGUUGUUGAACUCGAGACCGCGGACGGCGCCGUCGUGACCUCGACCCUGACGUUUGCGUACGACACGCCAUCCACGCUGACGACCAUCACCCCAGCGCAAGGCCAGCUGGGCACGCUGGUAACCCUGAGCGGCUCCUCUUUCUUUGGUGUGGGUGGCGUGGCACUGCUGGAUCGCGUCAUCGUGGCCAACUCAUCGAGUAACAUUGAAGUUUUGCCUGGAUACAAUGCCUCCCACAUCAUCGUGCGUCUGGCCGCGCCCACGGCCACGACUGUUGUGGACGUACCAGCCGACGUUGAGGUCGUGGCUGCCAACGGAGCGCGCACCCGCUUGGUCGGCCAGUUUACAUACCUGUCCACAGGCGUCGUGACCGACGUGGUGCCGCCUGUGGCCUACUUCAACACCCGCGUCACCAUUACAGGAUCUAGGCUACUAGGUGGCGCGGCCAGUUUGACGGCAGUGGAGAUUGGUGGUGUCGCUGCCACUCUAUUACCAGGAGCUGCCAACUCGACGCACGUUCUUGUUCGUGUCGGCCCCAACACUCCCAGCGGCAGCGCCGACGUUCGGUUGCUGGCGGAUAGCGGUGCCGUCGUCGAACUUGCCAGUGCCGUGAUUGUGGCGAACGACAGUAGUAUUGAUGGUGUGCAUCCGCGCUUGGGUCAUGCCGGCACCCGCGUUACCAUCACGGGUACCAAGCUACGCAGCGCUGGGACGGCCGUGGUGGCGGUAAAGCUUGACGGCGUCUUGGCCGACAUUACAUCAGAGAGCGACACUGAGGUUGUCGUCGUGGCAGGGGCCAGUAGUGCAGGAACUGGCGACGUUGUGCUUGAGAGCGACACGGGUGCGACCUUGAGGUAUCUCAAUGGCUGGGAGUACGGUGCUCCUGGUGUGAUCAAUGCCGUCAACCCCACGAGUGGCGUGGAGGGUACCCGAGUGACUAUUACGGGGACCAACCUCUUGGGCCACGACAACGCUCUUUCCGCCGUCUACCUGGGCACGUACGCAGGCACGGUGCUUCCCGGGGCAAACGCCACGUACGUAGUUGUGCGGGCCGCUCCAGGACCGCCGCAAGCCAUUACAGGCGCGGUCAGUCUGGUCGCGCAUGGUGGUGCGCACGUCGAGACGGCUGGCCAGGAUUUUGAGUACAAGGCACCCGGUGUGGCUUCGUUUGUGACGCCAACGACCGGACAGGUCGGUGUACAAGUGCAGAUCUUUGGCACGAACCUCUGCGGGUACGGUGACAACUUGUCGAGCGUCUCACUUGCUGGCACGAUCGCCCAGUUGGUGAGUGUGGACGAAGCGUGCACGACCGUCACUGUGAUUGCCGGAGAUGCCGGAUACAAUGCCAGUGGACCUGCUGAACUGGUCGCCGACACGGGUGCCAUCACGCGUGGCGCGAUGUUUUCGUACAUCGCGGCUGGCGAGAUCACCGCCGUGCAGCCCGAGGCGGGAUCUGCGGGUGCCUCGAUCACCAUCACAGGUAGCAAUCUCUUUGCAGGAUCCACCGGCAUCAACAGCGUACAGCUCUUUGGCGUGACCGCCGCGACGAUCGACAGUGCAUCAGACACCGAAAUCGUCGUUACUGCCGGAAGUCUGGGUGCGGGUGUCACCAGCGCACCGGGCGACGUGGUCAUCAACACACGGGCGGGCGUCCAGAUCCGGCGCCCCCUUGCCUUCACGUACAGCCAGAUGCAGAGCAUUACACCUGACUCAGGCAUGUAUGGCACGCGUGUUACGGUGAAUGGCGUCGGCCUGUUGGGUGGGAGCGUCAACUCGGCGGUUAGCGCCGUCAAGGUCGAUGGUCGCCUUGCAGAGCUGAUGUCAUCCAACGACACUCGUGUCGUCUUUGCGCUCGCUGCCGCCAGCUUGGUGACCGAUGAACCUUCGCAGAUCGUUUUUGAGCUUCCCAACGGCCAGACAGUUGCAUCGAGUGCCGAGGCCUUCCUUUACAAGACGCCGGGCCAAAUUUCCGCUGUGACGCCUGCCGUGGGUGCUGAAAACACGCGCGUUGUUUUGACUGGCUCCAAUCUCAACGGCUAUGGUGGGCACAUUGAGAAUGUGACGCUGGCCGGCGUGCCCGUCAAGCGCAUCGAAGCUCAAAACAGUUCUCACGUGGUGGUGAUUGCAGCUGCUGGGGCAGCCAACACGGGGGACAUUGUGAUCCAGGCCGAAUCAGGAGCAACCGUGAUCCGCAGCAACGGAUUUACCUAUGUCACACCCGGUAGCAUUGCUUCGGUGGAACCGGCGCGCGGUCAAGCAGGUGCGGUCGUUAACAUCACUGGUGUGGACCUCUUGUCGGGAGCAAGCUCGCUCUACAAUGCCACCGUGGCCAAUGUGCCGGUCACGGCCAUUCUCAGCGCCACACCCACCUUUGUACAGGUGGAGCUUGGCAUGUCGGCUUUGGCUGUGACGGGCACGGUGGUUUUGACAGGUAUCGACGGCGCCACAACAACUGGCGGGUCCUUCGAGUAUGUGGCACCCGGACGCAUUGAUGCACUGGUCCCUGCCCGCGGCUACGAUGGAGCUCUUGUGGCCGUUCACGGCGAAGGUUUGCUUCUGGGCUCGACGGUGGCCCAGGUCGUGGUUGGCGGUGUAGCUGCUACCCUCGUCAACGCCACAGACGAUGCCGUCUAUGUGCGGUUGGGGUCGGGCAUGUCUGCAGGUGCCGCUACGGCCGUAAUCAACGCUGCUUCGGGGGCUUCAGUCGAGUUGUCGUCGGCCUUUGAUGUGGUAGUGCCACCUCGCAUUGAUGUUGUGUCUCCCGCCCAAGGCGUGGCUGGCACGCUUGUCACGAUUCGAGGCAGUGGGUUCUUUUUGGGAGGCACGGGUUUGAUCAGUGCUCACCUGGGUGCCAUUGACCUCGUGCCCCUUGUGGGUCCAAUUGUGACAGUGCUAAACGACACGCACAUCGUCUUGCGUCUUCCCAGCGCUGGCGCCGGCGCCGUGAACUUGGCUCUUGUGAGCAACGCGGGUGCUGACGCAGUUCUUGCUGACGUUUUCACGUACCUCACCCCCUCGAGCAUCUCCGCCAUCUCCCCCGCCACUGGUCGCUUCGGAACGCUCGUUACCAUCACCGGCUCGCUAUUGGGCAAUGGCUCGACGGCCGCCGCUGUGUCAGUCGCCGGUGUGGCUGCGAUCGUCUUGCGUGCUUCGGAUGCGGAGAUUGUGGUCAAGCUGCAGGCACCGAUACCCAGUGAAGCAACGCCGUCUGGUGCCGUGUUCAUCCGUGCGGAUACGCAAGCCGAGUUUUCCGGUGGAUCUUUCGCGUACACCGCGGCAGGGUUGCUGCAGUCUGUAUCCCCUAGCCGGGGCGUGGGUGGCACUGUGGUGACGCUCUCUGGUUCCGACUUGUUGGGUGGCGGCGCACUGGCAGCAAGUGUCAGCUUGGGAAAUGUGACGGUGGCAAGCAUUGAGUCUGCUAAUGAAACGUCGAUCGUAGUGGUCGUGGGUGAAGCAGAUAACGCCACCCUGCUGGCCGCUAGUCCCGUAGCCGUGCACAUUGAGGCCGACACGGGUGCUGCAUUCACGUCUGCCACGCCAAUGUGGACCUAUGUGCCGCGCGGUAUCAUUGAGACCGUUGUACCUGCCGAGGGCGCCGCCGGGACGCUUGUUACAUUGAGUGGCUCGGGCCUGUUCAAUGGCGCGGCUGGCAUUGCGCGUGCCGACCUGGGUGGGGCCGAAGCCACUGUAAUUUCAGCUACUGAACAAGAAGUUGUGGUUCGUGUACCAGUCACAGCGUCACCGAACGCCCUGGCCAGCCCUAUCAUCCUGACGACGGUGGGUGGCGCCACCGUGAGUAAGGCGGACGCCUUUGUGGUCCUGCCACCCGCUGCAGUGGAGUCGCUGACCCCAACAAGUGUGACGCUGGGAACGCGCGUGACUGUGCAAGGCACUGACCUUCUCGGUGGAGGCAGCGAUGCCACGACGGUUUUCCUCAACGGUGUCGAGGCGCGAGAGGUCCUGCUCGCCAAUGCUACCCUGCUUGUUUUUGUGGCCGGCCUGGGUGGCGUGGCGGACAAUGAUCACUUGCCCACACUCGAACUGUUUGCAGACACGGGAGCACAUGUUAUGGUCAACCAUUCAAGCACGGCUUAUGUGGUGCCUGGCGCCAUCGACGUUGUGACGCCUGCCAUUGGCCAACAGGGCACAAUUGUUACGAUUGCCGGCACGAACCUCCUCCCCGAUGCAGCCAGCCCAGCUGAGGUGCUUCUUGCGGGGCAGGUCACCGAGGUGCAGAGCUUCAACGGUACGCUCAUUGUGGUGCGAAUUCCUGUCGGUGCAACGGCGGCGGUCGGCGACGUGCUCUUGCGCACAGUUCAAGGGGGCGAGGUCAAAGCGCCCGCUGCGUUUGAGGUUGGCUUGCCUCCGCAAAUUGUCGCCAUCAGCCCCGAGGAAGGUGUGCUCAACACGCAAGCGCUGAUCUUUGGCACGGCACUGCGCGUCCAUGGAUCUCGUGUCACGCGUGUCUUACUGGGCACGCACGAGGCCGAAAUUUUAUCAGAGACGGACCGUUUUGUCAGUAUCCGAGUGCCAAAUGGCACGGCCGGGGUCGUGGAUGUGCGCAUUGAGGCGGACCUGGGUGGUUAUGUUGUGCAGGCCAACGCCUGGCGAUUCCUCUCCCCACCCGUGAUUGAGUCCAUUGAACCUAGCAGCGGUCAGCGUGGCACCAUUAUCGAGCUUCGGGGCACGGGUUUGUUGGCCGGUGCCGCGGCAGCGCGCGAGGUCACGCUUGCUGGCACCCCUGCUCGCGUGCUUGCGCUUAACAAUACCUACGCGCGUCUGGAAGCUGGACUUGGCACCACCCUUCCUCGCCGAGGGGACGUGGUCAUUCGUCUUGAGACGGGAGCCACGGUUGUUCGAGCAAAUGGCUUUGAGUAUGUGCCCGUGAGCGACGUUAACGCUGUGACACCUGCCGUGGGUCAAGGCGGGACGAUUGUCACCAUUCGCGGAACCUCAUUACUGGGAGGGGGGUCAGCUGCGGUCAACGUCACGGUGGUUGGGCAGGCGGUGCGCCAAGUGGUGCGGGCCAACGCGACAGAAAUCGUGGUGCAGCUGGCCUUCUUGAACGUGACCACGCGCACGCAGGGUGACAUCUUCAUUAUGGCGGACACGGGUGCCACGGUACUGGAGACCGAUGGCUUUACGUACGAAGCCCCGGCCAGCAUUGCGAGCGUGCACCCGGCGUUGGGUCAGAUCGGCACGCGUGUGACCAUUGAGGGCCAGUACCUGUUGGCCGGGGGCAGCAGUGUGGCGGUCGUCACCCUGGAUGGCGUUCCGGCGCGGGUGGUAUCCUCGACCAACUCGCGCGUGGUGGUGGUGGCCAAUGCCUCAGCCUCUGCUAGUGCCAUGGCCGGUGAUGUUGAGGUGGUAGCUCAGCAUGGCUCUUCUGCGACAAAGGUGGCAGCAUGGACCUUUGCAGCUCCCUCAGAGGUCACAUCUGUUGCGCCAGGGCAAGGCCAGCUUGGAACCCGCCUGAUUGUCGUGGGCACAGGGUUGCUCGGCGGCGGCGGCUUCAUCAGCACAGCGACCGUGGGUGAUCUUGCUCUGACAGUCGUGUCAAGCAACGACUCGUUCGUGGAGUUGGUGGUUCCUGCGGCCUAUUCCGCACAAAGUAGCGCUGACGUCGUGCUGGAGGCCGACACGGGUGCCCAGACGACCGCUAUCAACGCCUUUGAGCUAUUGCCACCGGCCACCAUCACGGAUAUCUCUCCAAUUCGUGGCCAGCUUGGUACGCUCGUCACGAUCAUGGGUUCAAAUCUCCUGGCAGCCUCGACUGCCGUUCAGGCAAGCGUGGGUGGAAUUGACGCCGACGUGGUGAGUGCAAGCGACUCGAUGAUAGUUGUCCAGCUGCACAAUGGCACGGCAGCCCCUUUGGUGCCCAUUCGUGUGACCAUGGCGAGUGGUGCGUACGUCGAAUCAGAAUCCGUGUUUGAGUACUUGAGCACAGGGCACAUUGCAAGUGUGUCCCCUGCACGCGGGCAGGUUGGCGCCUUGGUGACCAUCGCUGGCACCCGCCUGCAGGGCGGGGCCACAGGCCCAGCGGCUCUUGCCGCCGUGCGCUUGGCUGCCGUGCCUGCGCAGGUCGUCUUUUUCAACGAUACACUCAUUGUGGCGCAGCUGUCGGCUGCAAAUGACACGCCAACUGGCAACGUGAGCAUUCUCGCUGCGACCGGGGCGAUCGUUGAGAGUACGGCCGCCGCCGUUUCAUUUUCCUAUGCUGAGCCGGCUGUCGUUACGGCCGUGGAGCCAGCGGAUGGCGUUGCCGGCACGUUGGUCACCAUUCACGGCAUUUCUCUGCGGAAUGGUGCCACCGCAAUCCAGCGGGUGCUGCUUGCCAAUCAAACUGUUGAUAGCAUUGAGUACGAGAACGAGACGUUGGUGGUCGUUCGGGUUGCCGCACACACCGAUGGCUAUGUGGGCAUUGGUGAUGUGGUUCUCGAGAAUGCUGAUGGCGCGUGGGCCACUGCUGCAAACGCGUUUGCCUACCUGGCACCGCCAGACAUUGUGGCCGUCAGCCCUGCCACCGGCCAGAGCCAAACCUUUGUGACCAUUAUCGGCACAGGACUCUUGGGUGGUGCCGCUGCCCUGGACCGAGUUCUCCUGGAUGGUGUCGUGGCCAGCAACAUUGUCUUUGCCAACGACACUACGGUGCUCGUGCGUGCCGGUACCGCGGGGGCGGCCAGCAUGACACCUGGAAGCGUUGAGAUUUACAAUGCUGAAGGGGCCAUGGUAAUUUUGGAGAACGCUUUCGCAUAUGCGUCGCCCCCUGCUGUCACAAGCAUCGAGCCGCCCAGUGGCCAAUGGGGUACUUUCGUCACCAUUCGGGGCUCAAACUUGUUGGCGGGUGGCACUGAGCUCUUGUCUCUUCAGCUGGGCACUGUCGCAGCGUUUGAGAUUCAGUCCUAUAAUGACACGAUGAUCGUCUUGCGAGCUGGCCAGCACGCAACCGCCAUGGCCAACGUUUCAUUGCAGGUGGAAACGGACACAGGCGCGCAAUACGGCCUACCGGAAGCCUUUUCCUAUGAUUUGCCCAGCAAUAUUUCUCAAGUUUCGACCGAGUGCUAA